AUGUCGCUGGUGCCUCUCGUGCUCUCCGUCCUUGCUGGCGUUGUCACCACACUCGUCGCCGCCUUGGGCAUUAACUUUGUCACGCGUUUGCUUCCAACCCGUUACCACGCGGCUGAGAACCCCAAAGAUGACCACCUCCAGAUCUUGGUGUUGGGCGACAUAGGCCGCAGCCCUAGGAUGCAGUACCAUGCCCUGAGUGUCAUGAAGCAUGGAGGAAAGGUCGACCUCGUCGGCUACAAAGAGACGGCUCGCCACCCGGACCUCGUCGGCAACGAGAGAGUUGCUCUGUACCCCCUGCCUCCCUUACCGACCGUCUUCAAAUGGAAUACUUUGCCGUUCCUCAUCAACAAGCCCGCCAAGGUGGUCUGGCAAGCCUGGUCCAUCUUCUACGUCCUGGCCUACACGGCGCCACCAGCCCGAUGGAUCAUCAUUCAGAACCCCCCGUCUAUCCCGACCCUGCACCUAGCUUUGCUUGUGUCUCUCCUGAGAGGAAGUCAUCUCCUCAUUGACUGGCAUAACUACGGCUGGUCUAUCAUGGCCACCGGCCGCAGCCAGAAGAACCCCUUGGUGUGGAUCUACAAGAAGUACGAGACAUACUUUGGCAGAAUCGUGCCCACCGCCAAUCUCACCGUUACCGACGCCAUGGCUCGCCAGCUCAAAGAGAAGCCUUACAGCUUCAAGAAGCCCAUUUUCACCCUGCACGACCGUCCGGCCGAGGUGUUCCGACCCAUCGAGUCAUCCGAGUCGAGACUCGCUUUUCUCUCACGCCUCAAAGAGACCAAAGACGUCGCUCAACAAAUCAUCGAUGGCACCACCCGCCUCAUUGUCAGCAGCACCUCCUGGACACCCGAUGAGGACUUUGGACUGCUCCUGGAUGCCCUCGUCGCCUAUGCGCACCCCGAAGAAGCCGUCACCGAUAACGGCGCAGGGCGGCCCCCUAUCCUGGCCAUCAUCACCGGCAAGGGCCCCCAAAAGGCCGAGUACGAGGAGAAGAUCAAGAACCUCCGCCUCGAGGGCAAGCUCCCCGGCAUCACGAUCCUGACCGCCUGGCUUUCCACCCGCGAGUAUGCCACGCUCCUCUCCUGCGCCGACCUCGGCGUCUGCCUGCACAAGUCGAGCUCCGGAGUCGACUUGCCGAUGAAGGUGGUUGACAUGUUCGGCUCGGGUCUGCCUGUGGCGGCGUACUCUGCGUACGAGAGCUUCGGCGAGCUGGUCAAGGAGGGCGUAAACGGAUGCGGCUUUGAAACGGCCACAGAGCUGGCCGAGGUCUUGACAAGGCUGUUGAGCGAGGGCGGCAAGGACGAGCUGAGGAGUCUGAGAGCAGGGGCUGCGAAGGAAGGCAGCCUGCGCUGGGACGAAGAAUGGGACCGCGUAGUAGGACGGGUCGUAGGAGUGAUUGACUGUUGA